GUACCCAUGCACGUCCUCCGAGUUAUCUUGCCAAUGUUAUCAUACGAAUGGAGCAGGCAUCUCUAAUUAAAGUGAACAAUCUCAUUGGCUCUAGGCUCUGUGGACCGAAGCUCGCAAUAUUCCCGGAAAAGUUGGCAUUGACUAAGCAUCAUUUACUUUUCGUUACGGGGAAAAAGGAUUUCAAAAUUUCAUACAAAUCGAUAGAUGCCAUUCGAUUCGUCGAUUCUGUUUCCGAAAGACGGUAUCCCAUCUCGGGACAAACUGGGUUCACUCUCCUUCUGUACACCAAGUCUUUCUACAUAUACGAACUGACGGUGUGUACCCUGGAUGAAGCACGCGCGUUACAACAGUCGAUUGAAUCUUUAAUCUCUAAUUGCGAUGUCACGCUUCUGUAUCCCUUCUUCUAUGAGCCGCCCUUUUCUCGUUCGGUGCCGAAAUUUAUCCUUGACGAAGGCCACCUGGAACUGCUGAAAUCGCCGCAGACAAAUGGAUGGCGAGUUUCCUCGGUCAAUCGUUCCUACGAAGUAUGCCCAUCUUACCCGAAAAAAUUGUUAGUCCCAGCAGAUAUUUCCGACAGCGUGAUCACGGAAAGCGGUAACUUUCGAAGGGGAGGUCGAUUUCCAAUUCUGGUUUAUUAUCAUCGACCCAGAGACACUGCUCUGUUGAUAGCAAGCGAACCGCUGAUAACUCAGUCGUCUGCAAAUGUCGGCCAAUCUCUCCUUCCAUCCGGUACGAUUGGGAUUACAGGUGGAUCUGUUCGUCUACCAGGAAUUUCCUAUCUCACUUCGUCCUCCAAUCUUUCCACAACAAGUACUGGAGUCACACCGGCCAAUCGCUGCAAGGCUGACGAACAGUUGCUUGCCGCCGUCUUAGCUGGUCGACAUCGGGGUAUUGUGUUAGAUUUGCGCGAUCAAGCUGCUCUUAAAAGAAGUUCCCUUCAAGUCGGUGUGACUGAUUCUGAAACUCAUUAUUCCCAAUGGCGUCGAGUCUCACGUCCUAUGGAGCCUCCAGGAAGCCUUAAUGAAAUAUUCAGCAAGUUCAUCAAAGUCUGCACAGCGUCUGGUCGAACUUCUCGCUCUACGUCUACGUCAUUUGGUAACCCCAACUCAGGGGCGCUGGUUGAUUCUCUCAACGCUAUCGCAUCGGUUGCUAUUCGUCCUACCAACUCUGUGAGCACCGUUGACCAUGCUAACAUCGAAGUUCCUCGUGCACUUCUCAACGGGGAGGGCGAAUCCACUUCCGUAAUGGGUGGGACGGCGGAAGCUUCCCAGCUUGCGAUCAAAAUCCGUCCUGUCGCUGCCUGGUUGACAACAGUUCGUGAAGCUCUGGCUGCAGCUGUCGCUGGAGCUACCGCGUUGGACGCACGCGAUGCGUUCGCUCAACAGCAACUGCAACAAGCGCAAUGUCUUUUGGCACAAAAGUACAAAGAUAGUCGCUCCUCUCUUUCUGGAGCUAGCAGAAGUGAACCAAUGAAAGAAGAGGCCAAACUUCAGGGGUCGUUUGUUCUCGUUCAAAGUUCCCAAGGUUGUGACCGUGCCUUAGUUGUCGCUAGCCUCAUUCAAAUUAUCUUGGAUCCAUAUUCCCGGACGUACGAAGGGUUUCAAAUCUUAAUCGAACGUUACUGGAUCCAAGCCGGCCAUCCGUUUACGGAUCGCUGUAGUCAUUCUGCAUUUUCGCCUUUGACUUCUGGAAGUCAUUCUCCGACAUUUUUACUGUUUUUGGACUGUAUUUGGCAGCUCUGGCAGCAGUAUCCGAACUGCUUUCAAUUUACCGAUGAGCUCCUCUGUGCCCUUUCUCAACACGUCUACGAUUCCGAGUUUGGCACUUUUCUUGGAAACAAUAUGAAAGAACGAGACGAGCUCAACAUCGAGAGCAGCACGACUUCCAUUUGGACCUUCCUUCAACAGCCAAAAGUGCGAAAACGUUACACUAAUCCCCUCUUUGCCUAUACAAAAAUUUCCGGAAACCAGGACAACUAUGCAUGCUGGCCGUGCUUAGCUCCACAGGCUCUGAAUGUAUGGCGCGAAGUUUACCAAAAGCAGUUGAUCACCGAUCCGGAGGCAUUGUGGAACAAACCACGUCAUUUGGCUCGGACCAUCAAAGACCGGUUUGACGCCGAACAGAAGCGCACCCGUCGGCUAAGGAGAAUUCUGGAAGAGUUGCAAAAGGAAGCCAUCGCUAACGGUCUUCUUCCGACUGAAUGAUUCCGAUCUCUCUGUUUCUCUUCACAAACUGCGUUACGCCGGCUUCGCGUUGUUUCGCGCACACACACACAAACUGUGUACGGCGAUAUCUGCGUACUCGCCCACUUCGGUGCCACAUUAUAUGUCAUAUUUGUGAUCUUGCUUUCCGCUUUUGUAUUUUUCUUUGUCUCUGUUUCUAUGACGAUGUAAUGGUUUUGGUUAUCUACUUCUUUAUCUAUUCUUGCAGUGUAUCUGAGUUAACGAGUUACCAUCCGCUUUGCUGAUUUUGUAAAAUAAACAAUUUGAAACCGGUUUUGUUAAUGGGUCACU